GACGAAGAAGAAAGCGUUAAACGUCAUUCCGCUCGGUGAAGAAGGUAAAGAUGGCUGCAAGGUUACUGAUCCGCUCGGCUGUCAGAGCCGCGACGACCUGCCGGGCCGCUCCGGUUCCCGCUCUGACCCGCGGGAUGGCGGCUGGAGGGAUUCCCACUGACGAGGAACAAGCCACCGGCAUGGAGAGGAUCGUCAUGAAGGCCAUGAAGGAGGGAGCGGAUCCCUACAGCAUGAUGAAGCCGAAGGAGUACGCCGGCUCCAAGGCCGACCCCCACCUCGUUCCCUCCAUCACCAACAAGAGGAUUGUGGGAUGUGUCUGUGAGGAAGACAACACGGCCGUGGUGUGGUUCUGGCUCCAUGAUGGCGAGGCCCAGCGCUGCCCCUCCUGUGGUUCCCACUACAAGCUGGUGGCCCACGAGCUCCCCCACUAACUCAUCAGCCCUCUGUUAUUCCAGACGCUGUCACACAGCUGUGAGCGCGCUCACUGUCUCAGAUAUUCCUCUCUCCUUCAGAGCGAGGUGAAGAAACAUCAGACGGCCACGUUUUCCUCCUUCAGUCUCCAGGAAGUUCCUUUAUCUCUGAACCCUGCGGUUCCGUCUACUUCCUGGUCUUAAGUUGCGAGCGGUCGUCUGAUUGGUCUUCGGCUCGCUCUGUCACAGUACUUGAUCUACCUGCUGACCUCAUCAGUCUUUGCUUUACAUGUUCCCGGUUCAGAGGGAUCAGAUGUGGUUCGGGACACAACUGUUUGAUUCCAACAUUUCCAUUCAGCUGCAGUUUACAUUCACACUGUACUGUACAAUGUUACACUCUCACUCCUUUAUUCCAAUAAACUUUAUCCACUCUG